GGUCCCUGCCGGCGCGGCCGGGGAUGCGCGUCCCCCGCCGGCGCUGACUCCGCGCUGCAGAGCCGCCUACCCGCCUCUCUCGCCGUCUGUGUGACGGACCCCACCGCCGCUCUCCUCCCGGGAAUACGUCGCCGUCGUCCGGCCGCGCUGCGGGGAGGAUCAGUUUCUUGAUGAGCUGCAGCUGAAAUAUUUAACACUUCACACUCAUGCCACUGGAGAUGGAGCCCAAAGCCAAUAACCUCGUUUUUGGGUGUCAGCGAAGCUCAACCUCUGACGAUGACUCUGGAUGUGCCUUGGAGGAAUAUGCCUGGGUUCCCCCAGGCCUCAGACCAGAGCAGGUCCAGCUGUAUUUCGCCUGCUUGCCCGAGGAGAAGGUCCCUUAUGUUAACAGUCCUGGAGAGAAACACCGGAUUAAACAACUUCUCUAUCAGCUGCCACCCCAUGAUAAUGAGGUGAGAUACUGCCAGUCUUUAAGUGAAGAAGAAAAGAAGGAACUGCAGAUGUUCAGUUCUCAGCGCAAAAAGGAGGCACUUGGCCGAGGCACUAUUAAAGUACUCUCAAGAGCAGUGAUGCAUGCGGUUUGUGAACAGUGUGGUACAAAAGUAAAUGGCGGUGAAGUUGCAGUUUUUGCCUCGAGAGCUGGGCCUGGUGUGUGCUGGCAUCCCUCGUGUUUUGUGUGCUUCACAUGCAACGAGCUGCUUGUUGACCUUAUCUACUUCUACCAAGAUGGAAAAAUUCACUGUGGCAGACACCAUGCUGAACUUCUCAAACCUCGAUGUUCAGCCUGUGAUGAGAUAAUUUUUGCUGAUGAGUGUACGGAAGCUGAAGGUCGCCACUGGCACAUGAAGCAUUUCUGUUGCCUCGAGUGUGAAACAAUCCUGGGUGGACAGAGAUACAUCAUGAAGGAUGGGCGACCAUUCUGCUGUAACUGUUUUGAAUCUCUCUACGCGGAAUACUGUGAGACCUGUGGGGAACAUAUCGGUGUUGACCAUGCUCAGAUGACCUAUGAUGGGCAGCACUGGCACGCCACAGAAGCUUGCUUUUCUUGUGCUCAGUGCAAGACUUCUUUGCUUGGCUGCCCUUUCCUUCCAAAGCAAGGGCAGAUUUAUUGUUCAAAAACCUGCAGCUUGGGAGAGGAUGUUCAUGCCUCCGACUCUUCUGAUUCUGCGUUUCAGUCUGCUCGAUCCAGAGAUUCCAGGAGGAGUGUCCGCAUGGGAAAAAGCAGCCGGUCAGCUGACCAGUGCCGUCAGUCUCUCCUCCUGUCACCAGCCCUCAAUUACAAAUUUCCUGGCCUUUCAGACAAUGCUGAUGAUACCCUCUCUCGUAAGCUGGAUGAUUUAAGCCUUUCAAGGGAAGAGGCCAGCUUUGUUAAUGAAGAUUUCUGGAAAGGAAGAGUAGAGCAAGAAAUGCCUGAAGACCCUGAAGAAUGGGCUGAACAUGAAGAUUACAUGACUCAACUUCUUCUGAAGUUUGGUGAUAAAAGCCUCUUCCAGCAGCCCACUGAAGUAGACAUUAGAUCAAGUGAACACUGGAUUUCUGAUAGCAUGGUCAAGAGCAAGUUGGACUUGAAAAAAAGUAAUCCAAGCCUAGCAAGUAAGAAAUAUCAAUCAGACAUGUACUGGGCCCAGUCACAAGAUGGUUUGGGAGACUCUGCAUAUGGCAGCCACCCAGGCCCUGCCAGCAGCAGGAAAAUCCAGGAGCUGGACAUGGAACAUGGGGCAUCAGGAUACAAACACGACCAAACACCGUGGUAUGGAGGUUCACUCGAAUGUUUGUCUGACUUGAAACAGCAAGAACAAAGUGUUCGUGAUUCAAUGGAUUCCUUGGCUUUGUCUAACAUAACAGGUGCUUCAAUGGAUGGAGAAGGCAAGCCACGGCCAUCCCUCUACUCUUUGCAAACUUUCCAAGAACUGGAUGUGGAGGACUGUGAGAAGAUGAGCAACAUGGGAACUCUAAAUUCUUCAAUGCUCCACCGGAGCACAGAGUCCUUGAAGAGCCUGAGCUCAGAGUUGUGUCAGGAAAAAGUCUUGCCAGAGGAAAAGCCAGUCCAUAUGCCUGUACUGAGAAGAUCUAAAUCCCAAUCCAGACCACAGCAAGUGAAGUUUUCAGAUGAUGUUAUUGAUAAUGGAAGUUAUGAGAAUCUCGAAAUACGUCAGCCUCCAAUGAGUGAGAGGACUCGUAGGCGUGUUUACCAUUUUGAAGAACGUGGAAAUCGGCCUUCUCAUCAUCGCAGAAGAAGUAGGAAGUCCCGUUCAGAUAAUGCACUUAACCUGGCCACAGAAAGAAGAAGCUCUCCGAGAGAGAGAUUUCGUUAUUACUCCCCUCAGGAUCAUGAAAAAUUUAUUCAGAAUAGGAGCUCACGUGAGCUUCGGGCAUUUAUUCAAAACGCGGAGCUGUAUGGACAGUAUGCCCAUACUAGGUCUGACUAUGCACUGAGGAAUCAGGUGGUUGAUAAGUUUUUUGGGUUGUAUGGUGAGGAAGAUGACUCCUGGUGUUCAACUUCAUCCUCAUCAUCCGAUUCUGAAGAGGAAGGAUAUUUUCUAGGACAGCCAAUUCCACAACCACGGUCACUGAGAUAUCCGUACUAUACAGAUGAUCUUUCUGGUCCAACUACUGCAUUAUCUACUUCUCAGUUUGGACAAAGGACAACCAAAUCAAAGAAGAAGAGGGGACACAAAGGAAAAAAUUGCAUUAUUUCUUAAUUAAUUCUUAAUAUUUCUUAAUUGGGAAGACCAGUCAACUCUGUUGCUACAGUAUGAACCACAUCUUUUUAUAUUAAUAAUUGUACUUAGGCAAGUUGCUGAAGUUCUUAAUGCUUUGCCAUUGUAAAUGAUAACCCUGCCAGAGUUUACAUUGUUCAAGUAACAUUCAGAAAUGUCUCCACACCAAAUGAUCUGCUCAGAUACUGCUAGGUUUACAUACUGUGUUUCAGCUGUCACAAUACUGUUACUGCAGUUCUUGAUAGAGACUUUUUGUAGAUAUUUUAUUUUAUGCUCGCUAUUCACCUACACUGAAUUAUCUGAGAGAGGAUUCAGCAAAGAUAAGUAAAUAAAAAUGUCAGUCCUGUGCUGUAGCUAUAUCCACAUAGAUGAUCUUUGACUUUUUCCUCUUGCUGCCAAGAAAAAGAAGGCUCUCUGCUGUGUCUUUUCUUCACAGAUAAAGCUCACUCUUCCUCUUUCAAGUUUCCUCACAAAAAUUGGAAUUUUUUUUUUAAUUUGGGAAAAUGCUCCUUAAGAGGCAAAAAUCAGAAUGUGGGAGCUGAAAUGCUCGAAGCCUUGAUGUAUCCUAAAGCAACAGUAAAUGGUUUAUACACUUAACUUUCAUGGGUUUUCCUCCACAAUUUUUUGACAAACUGUAAGGUGAAUGUUUUGGGUUUGGGGUUUUUUUUGUGCCUGUUUAAAGGAAGGUGUUAAUUCAGCUGCUGGAAUUGGACUUAACUGCCAAUGAGUGGUGAUGUUUCUUCUGUCAUUCCCCCCAACCCUUCAGCAGUGAGAGAGGUAAAACUGCUGGAGUCCUUUGCUCAGGCAUGUAACCCCAUUUAAGUCAAUGAAUCCACUUUCUUACGUAACAAAUAUUUUCAUAAGGGCUUAAGGGAUUAGGCUCCAGAAUUGUGUCUUUUCACAUGCAUUAUCCAGGUUUUAAAAUGUAUUAGCUGCAAUUCUAAGUCAAAAAACAUUGAUAUUUAUAAUGUAGUAUUUCAUAGGCUUAAAUGUAUUCAUAAUUUAACAGUGCAAAUACUAAUGUACAUAUUGUACAGUUAAAAUUUUAAAAUCUGAAUAUUUUUAUAUCCCUGAAUUUGAAGAAGUUUGUUACAAGAUCAAACUAGAUUUGUUAAGGGUUUAACAGCAGCAUUAUGGAUGAAAUAUUGCUUGUAUUUUAGUCAGGGGGUUUAAGCUGAAAAAUAUUGAAAAAUGUUCAGUGCAAAACAGCUUAAUUUUGUCUACUAGGUAUUAAAAGCUCUGUAUGCAUGGUGGGGCUAUGUAAAUACUCUCUAUGGCCCUCUUAAUCUUGCAAGUGUUAUUUAUGGGUCAAACAAAAUGUAAACUAUAUAAAUGUAAAAACCACACAAGCCUGGAAUAUAUCAGUACAACCAGUAUGCAACUCCUGUGGAUGUGGAUUUUAUUAUUAUUGUUCCCCCUCCUUUCCCAAAAAUAAUUUCCGAAGUUCACCUACAUAAAGGAAGAGAGAUCCUGGGUGGUUCUAGAAGCCAAGCUGGCAAAAACUGUAACCUAAUAGCUAAUCUCAAAAGUUCCCUUGAACUCAGAUGUGGAGCAGGAGCUACUUUAAGUUAUAAUAAACUUCUUCUACUGUUUUAAAUAAAUUUGUUAACUGUGACAUCCACUAAUUAAGAUAGUAAAUGCUAAAGCCAAUGGCUUUCUGACCACCUGAGGAAAGGAAAUGAAUGAAAUAGUAGAUGCUUCUUACCAGAAAAGCCUGUCAAAUCAAACUAAGCUUGCCCUUCUUGAGGAUAUAAAAGUUGUAGAUAAAAGCAGCUAAAAGUAAGGAAUGGAUACACAGGCACUGGCUUACACCAAAGAAAAUGAAGCUAUUGCGAAGGCUAAAUCAGACUAGCAGUUACUUGCUUGUAUUUUUCUGGGUAAAACGGGCAACAGAUCCUUUACUCCCAGAAGUGGUACUCAUCCUGUAAGUCACUUCUCUAGUACAAACAAGUCUCAUGUAGGUGAAAGCUGAUCAAAGCAAUACCCUGUUACAUCCCAUGGGCCGAUGGGUGCCUCGUGGGAUGGUUCCAGCUGGCAGGCUCUGCCCUGGCUCAGGCAGCACAUGCUUCACAGCCACCAGACUGCCAGAAGUUACGGGGCAUGAGGAGAGAUGUUGACUUCUUAAUACCUUCCCCAGAAUGCUCCAACAAUGAUUAGGACCUUCCCUUCUUGCCUGCAUUUCCAAUAAUGGGAAAUCAGGGUCCUCAGAAACAAAAUGCUGUGCUACUACUGCUGUGUCCUUUGUUGGACCAAGUAACAGUCUCAUGGAGAAAUGUCUCCACCGGUAUUUCUUCUGAUCUUACAUCAUCUCCUGAGAUGCACCAUAUGUACUCUCUCAAACACCAAUGUCUUAUGGAAUAUUAGAUAAUAAAAGUUCUCCAUAGAUUGCUAGUUGCUUCUUAAUAUUUUCUUCUUUAAGAAAAAAAUUUAAGAUGACUAUACAACUUUAUUUAUAGUUUUCUCAGCUUGACAUAAACAACUUAUAUUAUUUUUGACCACUUCCAAUGAGAAAUAUUUCUAACUGGUUCUUCUACCUUAAAUAGAAUGGUACGGGGUUAGCACAUUAACAAGUGCUAGGAGUAACUUCUACUUUCAGGAGCUCUUACAGUGACAAAGAAAUCAAAUUCCUCCAUCACAGCAUGUUUUCUUUCAACAGUGCUCUUUCUACCACUUUCCAGGAGCCCCACAGAGACUGUCCACUAGACCAGAGACAUUUUUUUUAUACUGAUCUGAAAUAAAUCCAAACUACAUGCUUGUUCUAGAGGAAGCAAGACUAAAAGCCAUCCUUCUGCCUUAAAUUAAGGAACUGGCAUAGUAUAUUUUACUUACAUCAGAAAGCAUACAUCCCAAAAGGUUAAACGUGAACAUUCAACACAAUGUCAAGUAUUAAAUGGAAAAUCAUUAUCCUCUCACUUAUGAAUGCAAAUGAAACCUUUCACAGAAAUAACACGAAGAAUUAAAGACUCCUUAGUUCAUGAGUAAAAUUUAAUCAAUUUCUUCAAAAAAGAUUAAGCAAAGGACAAUGUAACAAACUUUUGAAAGAUCUUACUGACCUGUUAGCUAAUAUAAAAUACUCAAGAAUACUGGCUGACAAGUCAGGCUGGCUGACAGGUCAGGCUCAAAAAAUUAUAGUAAAUGGGGUUACCUCAGGCUGGCAGCUGGUCACCAGUGGCACUUCAUAGGGCCAGUGGUCUUUAAUAUUUUUAUGAAUGGUUAAGAGAGGAGUCAAAUGUACAUUAAGUAAGUGCUAACACUACUAAAUUGAGAGGAGCUGUGGACUCCCCUCAAGGGCAGAGAGGCAGAGAGAUCUGGAUAAACUAGUGAACUGGGCAAUCACCAGCUGCAUGAUGUUUAACAAGAGCAAGUGCCAGAUUCUCCACCUGGGACAAGGGUAGUCCUGAUUAUACAUACAAAUUGGAGAAUGAGAAGCUGGAGAGCAGCCCUACAGAAAGGGACGUAGAGGUCCUGGUCAAAGGCAAGUUAAAUACGAGUGAAUAGCUGUCCUGGCAGCCAGGAGGGCCAACCAUGUCCUGGGAGGCAUCAGGCAAAGCAUCACCGGCCGGUUGAGGGAGGGGAUUGUCCCGCUCUGCUCUGCACUGGUGCGGCCUCACCUUGAAUAUUGCGUGCAGGUUUGGGCACCACAAAAUAAAAAAGAUAUUAAGCUAUUAGAGAGAGGAAGGUGGUCAAGAUGGUGAAAGGCCUUGAGGGGAGGAGUGUCUGAGGUCACUUUGUUCAGCCUGGAGGGGACUGAGGGGAGACCUCAUUGCAAUCUACAACUUCAAGAUGGGCAGUGGAGGGGGAAGUGCUGAUCUCCUCUCUGGUUACCAGUAACAGGACUGGUUACUAGUAACAAGGAAAUUGAAUGAAGCUGCAUCAGGGGAAGUUCAGACUAGACAUCAGGAAAAGAUUCUUCACUGAGAGGGUGGUCAGUCAUUGGAACAGGCUCCCCAGGGAAGUGGUCAUGGCCCCAAGCUGCCAGAGUUCAAGGAGCAUCUGGACAAUGCUCCUAGUCAUAUGGUUCAGUUUUCAGUAGUUCUGCGAGGAGCAGAGAGUUGUACCCAAUGAUCUUUACAGUUCCUUUCCAACUUGAGAUAUUCUAUGACCAUAAGCUUACGUAUUAAUAGAAAAGCACUUGAAAAAUCAGAUAUUUUUAUCAUAGUAAAUUUAAUCAGGAUUCUAACAAAGGAAACUCCUAACAAACUGUACAGUAACAAUGGAAAUUUUUAAUCAAAAAUAUAUUAAACACAAUUUCAGUAAUUUUUCAUUAGCUUUUCUAACCCAAAGCAGAAACCCAAAAAGGUUCUCUGUCCUGUAGACAAGUAGCGAAGUGCUGUAGUUAUGCUUCUGCAUUAGAGAAGACUGCCUGUGGUUCACAACUGAUCUUCAUAAAACAAUGGUAAAACUGAUCUUGGUAGAACGACAAAAAAAUCUUGCCAGAGGGGGCGGGUCAGGUCUUGCUACUGUGUCACAACAGGUUGCCUCUCUUUCCCUCUCUCCCUCACCAAAUUAGCAUCCUGUAGGACCCAUGAGCUGAUUUCCACUCACUGUGCAGCUCACAUAAUCCUAGUUGCCAAAAA